AUGCUGACCUCAGGGGAUACCCCAGACACCGCCGGGUGGCCCCGCCGCCCAGAGCGAUUCCCUCCGAUGCCCACGACCUCAGCAUUACGGUAUCGGGCCGACGCGCCCCCACGUGUAUCGCACGACGGCCUCGAGCCUGCUGCACCCGCAAAAGACCUUGCCAAGCUCUCGCCAUACGCCUCGCAAGCAUCGACCGCACGGACCGCACCGCGAGCAGCUCCGCGACGCGAUAUUGCAGAGAGCUUUAUCGCGUGCGCUUAUUGGGUAGUACAGGUCCCGUGA